AUGACGCCAGAUACCGACGGAGAGGUCGCUUCCGCGUUCCAGUUCUUCUCCUCGAGACUGCCAGAGGAGAUAUUCUUGCAGAUCCUCAAGCACCACCGCGCCAACCACAUCCAAGGUGUGCUUGUUUUGGACUACAACGGCUUUCCCAUUCCCGAAAAUCCCGCCUUCAUUUCCCUGACAGCUUGCGAGGUACACUGGACUGAAGACAAAGGAAGCCAGAGCUACACCCCGCCGGUGGUCCGGCCCCUUGGCUUGGAGGUGGUGCGCAAGGUCUUGGGGAUUCGCCGUGUCAACAAGCUCUUUGCGCGCUGCAUGCUCGAAGUCUUCUACAAGAGCCCCAUGGUGUUUCAGCACGGCCAGUCAAGUGACCUUGGCAUAAAGCCUAUGUGGUUUCUCCCAUGCCAGAUCGAACCCAAACUCAUCGAGCGCGGCGCAUCAAUCAAAGUUGAAUAUCGCGACGAGUGGCGGCACACGUAUCUGAGACUCGUAGCAACGGACCAUGAGGUUGGCAUCGAGUGCACGACAACGGGUAUAGACUUGGCUUUCAGCAGGGAGAAGCAAAUGCCGACCAUAAACGAUGAAGAUGCUGAGCUCUUGGCGAUGGACCCCAACAGGAUGUUUGUCCAAACACCCAAUGGCCUUCUCAUUCGGGGUAUACAGUUCACUGGAGGUUAUGAGGAGACAUCGUGGUUUCUCCCCGAAACAUGGAGCGAGGUAACGAUCCAAACGUUCUUCGUCCUUCUCCAGCACCCAGAUUGGAGCUCAACCGAUAUUCCUCCCGGCUCGUCCUUCAUCCUGUCCCUGAAAUAG